AUGGAAGGUGCAUUCAAGAGUUUUGAUAAUGAAUGUGAUGUAUUACGCAACCUUCGCCCCCGAAAUCUAACUAAAGUCAUUAGCAGUUGCUCUAAUCUUGAUUUCAAAGCCUUAGUGCUCGAUUACAUGCCUAAUGGGAGUCUCGAAAAGUGGUUGUAUUCUCACAACUAUUACUUAGACAUUACACAGAGAUUAGACAUAAUGAUAGAUGUGGCAUGUGCAUUGGAAUAUCUUCACCAUGGUUAUUCAACACCUGUGGUACACUGUGAUUUGAAGCCCAGCAAUGUCUUGCUGGAUGUAGAUAUGGUGGGACACUUGACUGAUUUUGGCAUUGCAAAGUUAUUUAGUGCGGCAGAGAGUCUUGUACAAACCACGACCCUUGGAACAGUUGGGUAUAUUCCACCAGAGUAUGGAUUGGAAGGAUUAAUAUCUACAAGGUGUGACGUUUACAGCUAUGGUAUUCUGUUAAUAGAAAUGUUUUCAAGAAAGAAGCCUACUGAUGAAAUGUUUGCUGAAGAUUUGAGUCUGAAGGGUUGGAUAAAUGAGUCACUGUCAAAUGCAAUCAGCCAGGUGAUAGAUGCCAACUUGAUAAGACCCGAGGAACCGAACUUAAAAACCAAGGUCCAGUGUGUAUCAUCCAUCAUGGAGUUGGCUUUAAAUUGCAGUGUAGAAUUACCAGAGGAGAGGAUCUGCAUCAAAGAUGUUCUGUCAGCCCUCAAGAAGAUCAAACUUCAGUUCAUUGCAAAUUGUAGAACGGUUUAA